UAUGAUCCCUACUAAUUCCGGCUAAACGGAGUGCAAGUUGCUUUACUUUAUACAACUCCUACUUUAUAACGUAGAAAUUACAUACGUAUUAUCUUUCUAUAUAAAGUAGCACAACAAAUGCUACAAACUACAAGAUACAAGCAAUAUUUAUGCUAUAGCUCUUUCUUGUCUUUUUACUUAAAAUAAAGCAAGAUAUGUCUCCGAUUGUAGUGAGCCUUGUAGGGGUGGUGAUCAUAAUAAGCAUCACACAUUUGCUAUUUACAAGGAAGAAAACAUCAACAUACCAUGGCAAACUCCCCCCGGGUUCAAUGGGUUUGCCAUUUCUUGGUGAAACACGUCAAUACUUUACCCCGUAUUCUUCCUUCGACAUUCCUCCCUUUGUCAAACAACGGCGUGGUUUACUAAUUGAUAUUGUCAGGUAUGGUUCAAUAUUCAAAACAAGUUUAGUUGGGACACCAUUGAUAAUAUCAGCGGAUGCAGAACUUAACCACAUAAUCUUUCAACAAGAGGGUCAAGCUUUUGAAAGUUGGUAUCCAACCACAUUCACACAAAUCUUCGGACCCGAAAAUCUUAGCACCUUAAAAGAUAUCAUGUACAAAUACCUUAAAAACAUGGUUCUGAGUUUGUUUGGUCCUGAGAGCCUCAAGAAGAUGAUAUUUGAAGUUGAAGAUGAAGUACUAACCCAUCUGAAUCAGUGGUGCAACAAGGACACAGUUGAGCUCAAAGACGCGACUGCUAAGAUGAUUUUCAAUCUAACAGCCAAAAAGCUAAUCAGUCAUGAUGCCGAAAGCUCUUCAGAGAAUCUAAGGGAGAACUUCGAUGAAAUUAUCAAAGGAUUGAUCUCUUUUCCUUUGAACAUUCCUGGCACAGCAUAUCACAAGUGCUUACAAGGAAGAAAGAAGGCAAUGAAGAUGUUGAGAAAGUUGCUCCAAGAAAGAAAGAUGAAGCCUAGGAAACUUAAUGAAGAUUUUUUCGAUUACGUACUCGAGGAGCUAUCGAAGGAGGGAACACUCCUAACAGAAGGGAUUGCUUUGGACCUAAUGUUUGUGCUUCUCUUUGCGAGUUUUGAGACUACCUCUACUACUCUUACUUUAGCCAUCAAAUUUCUCACGGACAAUCCUCUUGUGCUACAAAAACUUACGGAAGAGCAUGAGAUAAUUCUUAAGAGUCGUGAAAACGUAUUGGAUUCUCGCCUUUCAUGGAAAGAUUACAGAUCUAUGACUUACACUUUCAUGGUCAUCAACGAAACACUAAGGUUGGCUAACAUAGCUCCUGUAAUAUCCAGAAAAGCAAUAAAAGACGUCAGCUUCAAGGGUUAUACCAUACCAGCUGGUUGGCCUGUCAUGGUUUGCCCUCCGGCCGUACACUUAGACUCUUCCAUCUAUGAAAAUCCCCUCGAAUUCAAUCCAUCGAGAUGGGAGGGACGAGAAGUACAUGGAGCAACCAAACAUUUCAUGGCUUUCGGGGGUGGAAUGAGAUUUUGUAUCGGCGCAGAUUUUAGCAAGGUGCAAAUGGCUGUGUUUCUACACUACUUGGUUACUAAGUAUAGGUGGAAGCCAAUAAAAGGAGGGAACACCAUUCGGACUCCAGGCUUACAGUUUCCUGAUGGCUUUCAUGCUUGUUUUGCUACGAAAAGCUCAUCAACAAAUUAAAGAAAGAAUAGAUAUAGUUUUACAAUGUAAUUUGUUUUAAUAUACAACAUGUUAGUCAAAAUUGACAAUACUGUUUUUGGUUUCUGAAAUAUUUUUCUGUAUAUUCCAAAAAGGUAGCCUGGUUACAGCAUUAUAUACAAGUCUACUUGCCUAUUUUAGGCUAUAAUUA